UUAAUAAUUGUGCAUCGUUUUGUUAUUUUUUUUAUAUGUUUUGUGCCGAGCUGUCAAGUGUCAAAGAGUAGUUAAUGUUUAUAAGUUUAAUAUAAAGUUCGUGUAAACUAUUUAGUUCUCGAAUCAUUGUUAAAUGUUUCUAUUUUUUGAAGUUUGAAAAGAACAAAGGAGUGUUCAUGUUAAUGGAAUAUUAAACCAAAAAAAUAAAAACUGCAUGAACGUAUUGAUAAUAUAACGUUGAAAUUAAGUGACUUAUAUUUUAAAGGUUAGAUGGGGAAGAUGAAUCAUAUUACGGAAGCAAAUAUUAAGCAAUGUUUAUCAAAAUAUCACAAUUCAGAUGUCACUCGCAGAGAUGUUGUCAGUGUUUUACAAAUUUACAAAGGAUUGCAGCACAAAAUGGAGCCGUAUGUAUUCAACGAUGGAUCUCGUAAGGAACUUAUUAAUUUACAAGGAACAAUACCUGUGACGUACAAAGGGAAUGUGUAUCAUAUUCCAAUAAGUAUUUGGGUGAUGGACACACAUCCAAAUAAUGCGCCAAUGUGCUAUGUUAAUCCAACUCCUGAAAUGAAUAUUAAAGUUGGUAUUUAUGUGGAUCAUAAUGGAAAAAUUUAUUUACCAUAUUUACACGAUUGGGUUCCUCAUUCCUCGGAUUUACUUGGUUUAAUACAAGUGAUGAUUGUUACUUUUGGUGAUCAUCCACCAGUUUAUGCAAAAUCUUCACAACCAACCACGACACCUUAUCCAAAACAACCUUUUAUGCCUUUACCUGGAGGAGCAUCGGGAGUUAGUGGAGGAGGUUAUCCACCUUAUCCACCUUCUUCGCAAAUGGGAAGUUCGGUCUUUCCUCCAUAUCCAGUAAUGUCCGGUGGAUAUCCUUAUCCAAAUUAUCAACCAUCGGGAAUUAGUUCCGGUUAUCCUCCAAGUCAAGGAGCAGGUGGAAUGUAUCCUCCUUAUCCGCCAUCAACACAACCGUCACCGACAGUUGCUGGUGGAUCUGGUGGUUCAGGAACAAUAACAGAGGAACAUAUUCGUGUCUCAUUACUUUCUGCUGUUGAAGAAAAAAUGCGUCGUCGUCUUCGUGAACAAUUUUCACAAUUGCAAGCCGAACUUGAAACAUUGCGUAGAACGCAACAAGAAUUAACAAAUGGUUCAGCGCGCUUAACUGAUUUAUUCAGUAAACUUAAUAAAGACAAAGCUGAAUUGGAGAAAAAUAUUAAUAUCCUUCAGGAUAAAGAAUCCGAAUUGGAAAAUGAAAUAUCGAAACUUUCGGAUAACCAGGCAAUUGAUGUUGAUGAAGCUGUUACACCUAUUGCACCUCUAUAUAAACAAAUGCUAAAUGCCUUUGCUGAAGAGGCGGCAACUGAGGACGCAAUUUAUUAUUUAGCAGAAGGACUUCGUAGUAAUAUAAUAGAUUUAGACGCAUUUUUGAAACAAGUUCGUCAACUUUCAAGAAGACAAUUUAUGCUCAGAGCAUUAAUGUCACUUUGUCGACAAAAAGCAGGUUUGGCUGGUUGAAUUUGACUCAAAUUUGCCGUUUUCCUUUCUUUAAAAAAAAAAAUAUUACAUCGCUUUAUAGAUACAGUUAAUUCUCUAUUUUUUGAUUUAUGUUAGAAAUAUAUUCCAAGAAAUUUUAAUCUGUAAAUGUAAAAUAUCAAAAAUACAUAUAAAUACUAUAUUAAAAAUGACAUUACUUCAUUAACAAAAAUUUGAUCAUUUUUUAAAAUUAGUAACAAAUUGAUAUUUUAGAGAAAUAUUUUUUAUCAAAUUCUGAAAAAAAUUUGUUCUAUUGAAUUGUACAUUAAAAAACACAUUAGAGAAUAAUUUAAAAAAUGCAAAUUUAUUAGAUACAAUUAUGACAUGGUAAUUAAAGUUGAAAUUCUUUUUAAUGAUAUAUAAAUACUUUCAAUAAAACUAAAAAUAAUCGUUAAUAAAAUUGGUUACAUGCGAGAAAUAUUAAGUGUUUUCUUCUUCUUUUUUUUUUUGUUUAUACAAAUAUCAAUGAGAAACUUGCCAUUGUGAAAAAUAUUUUUCUUUUUUUUUUGGUGCUUUGAAGAAUAAUUUCACAAAAAAGCAAUACCCUAUAUUUAAAAAACACUUAAUUUUUCUUACGAUAUAAUUCUAUUUGUUCAUUUACAUGUUAGAAUUUUUUUUUUUUUUUUUUUGUUUAUAACAACGUCAUAAUUGAUCAUUUAUUCUGACUUACGUAGAUUAUACUUCUCUAUAAAUUUCCUUAAUAUUAGAACUUAACAAAAAGAGAAUUUGUUUCAAAAAUAAAAAAAAAUAAUUAAAGACUAACACACUUGGUUUAUAAUUAAGUCGGAAUAUACUCAGUUUUCUUUUUCUUGUUCUUGAAAUGUUAUCAAAUUGUGUGCUUGAAUGUUAUUUUUAAAACGUCGUGAAACUUUUGUCCGAUCAGUGGAUUUUUGUUUUAAA